AGUGUUUCGGUUAGGGUGCAGUGACCCUGUACGCCAGUAGGGGGCUUGAGAGUUAGCAGCAAUGACGCUGUUAGCUGUAUGCUAGCCGUAGCUACUGCACUGUGAAGGCUUCAUGAGCUUACAUAUGUACUUCAAACACUGAAAGUGAGACCUAGCCAUGUCUCAGGUGGAGAAAAAGGCAGGUUUGUUAAGGAGGACAUCGUCCUCCAAGAAACCACUGAAGGAGAAGGUGGUGUUGAUGUAUGAUGAGAUCUUUGCAAAGGAAGACCCGGCUAAGAACAGCCCUCGCUUCUGGGAUGAGCUCUUUCUAAUGAAGGUGAACUUGGAGUACCUGGAGUCGAAGCUGGAGAGUGUUGAUGGCGAGGAGGUACAGCGAAUUCAGGACAACAUCAACUCCCUGUUCCACCACAGUGUUCAGGCUCUCGGAGAGGAGCAUCAGAUCAAAGUGGUCAAUGCUCUGCAGACUCUGUGUGCACUUUUUCGUGGGGUUCACCAAAAGAACAGGUCGGCGUCUGGCUUUGACAUCAUCAAUAUGCUCAUGGGCUUUGACAAAGCAGAGCAAAGGAUGAAGGACUUGAUGGAGAGACUGGACAGUCUCCUUUGUGGAGAUGGCUCAGAGAGUCUGAAGAGCCUUUGUCUCAAACUUCUUCUCUGUCUGGUGACGGUAACUGACAAUAUUAGUCAGAAUACCAUCUUGGAAUAUGUGAUGAUCAAUAGCAUCUUCGAAGCCAUUCUGCAGAUUCUUUCAGAUGUGUCCAGUAGAGGGCAGCAUGGUUACGAUGCUGUGGUUCUUUUGGCCCUUCUAGUCAACUACAGGAAAUAUGAGUCUGUAAAUCCAUAUAUUGUGAAGCUCUCUAUUGUCGAUGAUGAGCCAACACUGGAUGGAAUGGGCAUAGUUGUCCACCAAGCUUUAACAGAAUAUAACAGGCAGUACAAAGACAAAGAGGAGGAGAACCAGGGCGGCUUCUUCUCCACCCUCACUAGUAUGGUGGGCAACAUGUUUAUAGCAGAUGCUGAUGAGAAGCUCUCAGUGCAGACCAAUGAAGCGAUUUUGCUGGCGCUGUACGAGGCUGUGCACCUCAACCGCAACUUCAUCACUGUAUUAGCACAGAGCCACCCUGAGAUUGACAUUGUUGCAACCCCUACCAGCCCCGCUCCAACCACACCGACGACACCACUUGGCACAACCCCGCCCUCCCUAGACAUGAUGAACAACCCGGAGCUGCCACUGGAUCCCAACCUGCAGACGAGCAACCUUCUCAUCACCUUCCUCAAGUAUUCCUCAAUUGUAAUGCAGGAUACUAAAGAUGAGCAUCGACUCAACAGUGCCAGACUGUGCCUGAUCAUCCUCACAUGUAUAGCCGAGGACCAGUAUGCUGAUGCAUUUCUGCACGAUGACAAUAUCAACUUCAGGGUCAGUCUACAUAGAAUGCCCAUGAGGCACAGAAAAAAAGCAGUGGAUAAGAACAUCCCCUCUCGGCCAUUGGUGUGUGCAGUUUUAGAUCUGAUGGUAGAAUUUAUUGUCACACAUAUGAUGAAGGAUUUUCCAAUGGAUUUAUACUUGCGCUGUGUUCAGAUCAUUCACAAACUCCUGUGCUACCAGAAGAAGUGUCGAAUCAGGUUACACUACACUUGGAGAGAGCUCUGGUCGGCACUCAUCAACCUGCUCAAGUUUCUACUGUCAAAUGAAACCACGCUGCUGGCCAAGCACAAUAUUUUUCAUCUGGCCCUCCUGGUGGUGAACCUAUUCAACAUGUUCAUCACAUACGGAGACACAUUUCUGCCCACGUCCAACAGCUAUGACGAGCUCUACUAUGAAAUUGUGCGAAUGCACCAAGUUUUUGACAACCUCUACUGCAUGGUGCUGAGAGUGUCAACAAACACCGGCCAGUGGAAGGAGCCUGCCAGUAAAGUCACACACGCCCUUGUUAACGUUCGGGCCAUCAUAAACCAUUUCAACCCGAAGAUUGAGUCGUAUGCUUCCGUGAACCAUAUCUCCCAACUGUCCGAGGAGCAGGUGUUGGAGGUGGUGCGCUCCAACUAUGACACGCUGACACUUAAACUGCAGGAUGGUUUGGACCAGUUUGAGCGAUACUCGGAGCAGCCCAAAGAAGCGGCUUUCUUCAAGGAGCUGGUACGCUCCAUCAGCCUGAAUGUGAGGAAGAAUGUGUCCCUGAACACUCUGAGUCAGGACGUCCUACUCAAAGAGUUCUCCACCAUCUCCUGAGAGGCCCCGCGGGGACCUCCAUCAACAUGUACAGAACACGUCAGGUGCACACGCCAACGACACUAAAUGGAAGGUGUUGUCUUCGUUCCUCUUGGACUACGUUAGGCUGGAAGCUCCAUCACUAGCGCCCUGUCCACACAGGAGACAUCCUGGGAUUUUUUUGUUUUGCCAGAUUUUCCCACAUCGGUAACCAAGAACGCUGUUGCCAUGUUGAUGAAAGGCUGAAAUAACCAAAUACUUGGCCAUUUCCACCUGAAAAUGUUCCCGUGUGGACAGCACCGAGAGUGACGCUAGAUCAGGGGUGGGCAAACUACGGCCCGGGGGCCACAUCCGGCCCGCCAAGUGUUUGAAUACGGCCCGCCCAAUCUUUCCAAAAUAUUUCAUUUAAACUCAACAUACGACCUGGCAUCAUGGCCUGAGCCAACCUUUUGAUGGUUGUAUCAAUUUCGUUUUUUUACAUGGUCUGUUGUUUACAAAGUGCUCCUGAAAAAAGAGACACAAGCACAUAAUAAUAAUAAUAAUAAUUAUUAUUAUUAGAUUAUUAUAUUAAUGCUAAUUAUUAUAUUAAUUAUAUAUAUUAUUGUUAUAUUUGCAUAUUUUACAUAAUAAUAAUAUAAUAAUUAUUAUUUUAAUUUUAUUGUAAUUAUUAUAAUAUUUUAUUAUUUUUAAAAUAUUUAAAUAUAAAUAUAAAAUAAUAAAUAAUAAUAGCAGAUUGCAUGACAAUUUUACAGAUACAAUAAUACCAGGUGGACUGUUACGUGUAAAAUAUAUAGUCUGCCCCCAACCCCCCAUAUAUUUUGUCAUAUCAAUGCGGCCCGCGAGUCAAAGUUUGCCCACCCCUGCGCUAGAUUGUCCGUGUGUGUGUGUGUGUGUGUGUGUGCGUGCUCUUGCACUGGUUUAUUGCUUGCAAGCUGCAAUAUUGGCUGGACUGUUAACAGACAUGAAUGUUUGAAAUCCACACGCAGUACGCAGAAAAAGUAUUUUUAACCCAAUGUUAGUAACUUCUGCUGUCUAAGUGAUUGGAUGUGUAAUUUAUUUCUCCACUUUGAGAUGGUGACACUUGAUUGUCACUUUGUAUUUUUUUUUCUCCCCCGUGUAGCAGAAUCAUUGUUUGAAUGCUAACUUGAUGCGUUCAAUGGCAAUUCAAGUAUUUUAACUUAACACAGUUUGCUAAUGGAUUCUUGUGACCAGUAAAGACGUUGAUGCUGUGGAGUGACGGAAAAGGAAGCCAUGACUAAGUUGUGUACAUUUUCCUGCUUCACUCAAACUUCAACUGAAUAUGGUGUUUUGUUUUUUUUUGCUCUGGAUUAUUUCCACAAUGAUUUAUAAAUAAUAAAUAUGUACAACCAUCAA